ACCAGACAGCACAAAGAUAAACAUCUAUAACAGUAACCGUGUCAGACGAGCUUGUUUUUAUUUUCUCGAAUGAACGGUGAAUAAUCUGCUUAGAUGGAGUUGUUUUAUAGCUUGAUCUUAUUCGCGAUGUCUUUCGAUGCAGCUUGGUGUUUCGUUCACGUCACUGCUUCUUCUUCGUGGCCGGCGGGUUCGUAUGCUCUACCGAUGGCAAACUCGGGAUGUCCCAAUAGCAGCGGAUUUACGUGGCAUACAGGACACCGAACUGAGGAAUUAGAAAACGAUGGCAAUAGAAACGCACAUUCAACGAGCAUUCACUUAAAAGCUAAGGUGGGAAAGCCAGACAUAACGCAACACUUCUGCGUGAAAAACUCCACAGCAACCGAUAAAGGAAAGCCUAAAUGGCCAAACGGAAAAUACUGCAUUUACAAAGAGGGCGCCUUCUGUCCUCAGGAAUUUUACGAAGGCUUCGUUCGUUGGGAUGACAACAACGAAAAAAACGGAUCCAAUCGAAAUAACAAAGAAGGAAAACUUCCCGCAGGAGUUUACAACCAGGACACUUUGAUAUAUUUUUGUUGUAAGACAACAGGGUCUGCUAUCAAAAGAAUAGCACUGCCGGUCAUUAAGCCUUUUUAUCUCAUGGCGUUUGGGUCCACAACUUGUCAAGAAGUCCAGGGUGCUGUGUAUUCGCUUGAAUAUGUGGUCUUUGAUACCGAAAAUACAGACAACAUGGACACCAGGGUUUAUCCUUUUCCCUACGGAGCUGAUCGUAAGGAGCCCACGAUUCACUAUUGUUACUACAGAGAAUGCAAAUGGAACUUAAAUCAGGCAAGCGGAGAAUUUUCCUCACCAUAUUUCCCAAGCAAUUACCACAACUUUCAAGACUGUCAGUGGAACAUUACUGCCCCCAGAGAUCACGUGAUACGACUACAGUUUGGAGUCUUCGAACUCGAAUCCAAUCCUUCCUCGUGCGGAAACAACCGCUGCGGCUGCGAUUAUGUAGAUAUACGACAAGAGUCACUGAAAGGUGACUUAACAACGCUUGGAAAAUAUUGUGCAACGAUUUCAUCUCUGCCAAUCAUACAGUCAUCGACCAAUAAAAUGAUAGUUACGUUUCAUUCAGAUCACGUUGUAACAGCCAAAGGUUUCAAUGCAUCUUAUACGACAGUACCGAAAUUAGCAGAAAUGACAUCCACAGCUUUAACGGAAACGUCUUCACCAAUGUACAAUACUUCAGAACCAACUUCUCCGAGAGUGAAAACAACUCAACAGUCAACUUCAGCGGCUACAGAAAGCAAUAGUUCCUCAUCACACACUGCACCAUCAACAAUAGAAUCUACUGAAACAGCUCAUAGUACGACCACUGAAAAUACUCGAGCAACACUGAAAGAAAGGCGAAUAUCUACUUCACAAGUUCCAGCAAGCACUGAGGCUGAAUGGAAGUCAACUGGAAGUAUUCAUGAUGUUAAAUCGUACAGGAACGAAGAAAUGCUGUCUCGUAAAGUCAUGGGCGUAUCGCUGAAAUACGUAAUUAUCGCCAGCAGCUCUUUUAUUGUAGUGGUCUUUGUCAGUUUUCUUCUGGUUUGCCAGCUUUGCAAAAGAAGGCAUCGUUUUCGUAAGAGGCGCAACCAUUCCCAUGAAAUAGUAAGAUACAACAGUGUUAAAGAAUCAAGCAUAUCCAGCACUCCACUGUCACCCAUCAAUAUGUACGGAGACAGUGGUGAAAUGGAGGAACUGUUCUUCGAAGAUAAGCAAAGCGAUGACAACCGACUUAAUUCAGAAAAAGGCCACCUGACUGAGAACCCUUUAUAUGAAGGUAACCAAUAUUCAAGUCACAAGGAUCCAAGGACAGAAAAUCGGCGUUAUGAACAGUUGUUUUAGAGACGGGCCUGAGGUGAACAACAAGACUUGGCUAAGGACAUAUGUGACAAUUUCUAAUUCAUAUAAGAAAGCUGGAUAGUUGGAUAACCUUCUUAGAUAACAGGAAAGUUUACCUGUUUAGGCAGACAGAGUUAUGUCUUGCUAAUACUCCACGCUGCCACAGGAUUUUAACAGUAAAUAAAAAAAUUUGAAUCUUUAAUUCUCUGACAACACCAACGUAUCUAUUCAUUUUCCAUGACGGUGCUUUUUUUCUUCAAGGUCAUCCUUUCAAUUAGCGCUGUCGUGGCAUGUUAAUCUAAACAAUUAUGGCACAAAACCUUCAUACCCGGAUUGUUGUUUUUUCUUUGGUCUUAAAAUGUAAGGAAUUGACAUCUACGUCAAGGGUUGUUUACUUUAGACUUAACUUGAAGGAUGCCUCACUAUUUAUGUUCGUUGUAUUAAGAUGCAGUGUUAUACUGAGAGGAACAAUAAUGAUUUAUCCUUUCAAUACAGGUAUCUGAAAAGUAACUCUCGUACCUUCUAUAAAUACAAUUAUUUGUCUGUUAGUCUUGAGAAUUUGGUGCUGCAUCAAGAGAAUGGAUCAUUUUUUUCAAUUCUCUUCGCAUGUUUGGUUGACAGAUGGUGAAAUUGUGAGGAGAUUUUACAUGUUGAGCAUUCCGUGGAGUGAAAGGGUUAACGAUCAUUGCGCAAGGAGACUGCGCGGAGUUCAGGGAAAAAAGAUUUAGUUUGAAUCUCUCAAGAGCUUUAUCUGCGACGUGACGCAUCUGUGAGAAUGUUCACUUCACUACCGUCCAGAUCGUGGAAAGAUUUAGCGGAACAAAAUUUGAAAAAGAAAAAAACUUAUCGGCGUGAACAUAGUUAAGUUCUAUGUAUAUUCCAAGUUAUCGUUAAUUCUUUGGGAAAAAAGAAAUAAUGGUCUGCAUCUGGUGUUUCCUUUUAGCUUCUUUUUAUUUAUUAUUCCUUCUUCGGUGUUAAAAUGACCGAGGUUUUAUGU